AUGGGUGAGGACGAGUGGGCUCCAUUUUGUGACGAGGAAGAGUGGGGUCUCGCCGAGUGGCUUGUAAAAAGCCUUGGACAGACUCGAACCAAUGAAUUUCUAAAGUUACCAAUUACACGAAACCAAAUGCAACCUUCAUUCCACAACAACCGAUCAUUCCUCAAGAAGGUUGAUGAACUCCUGCAUGGAGCCACCUGGAGCUGUAAGAAGAUUAGUGUUCAGGGAAAUAGAACAGACGAAAAAGGCAAACCGUUGCACGAAGAUGUUGAACUGUGGAUGCGCAAUCCUGUAGAGUGCAUCAAAGACUUGAUCGGAAAUCCUUUGUUCAAGGAUCAAAUGGUGUACACACCUGCUUGCGCAUACAUGGACUCUGCAGGACUCCACCGAGUGAUAGAUGAUAUGUGGACUGCAGAUUGGUGGUGUGACAUGCAAGCGACAAAACUGGCAUAUCCUGUGUACCUCUCUAUUGGAAACAUUGCUAAAGAAAAAUGGCAGCAAACAUCAGCACGAGCGACAGUCCUGAUUGGUGAAGACGGUGUUGAAAUGGUGUGCACUGAUUUGUUGAUCCAUCGAGUGUAUCCGAUCCUUGCUGCGUAUGUAGUGGACUUUCCAGAGCAGUGUCUGGUUGCAUGUUGCAAGGAAAACCGCUGUCCGAAAUGUGUAGUUGCGGUGGAUGAAAGAGGUGAUCCACUGGAUUUGCUGAUGCGGGAUCCUGCAGUGAUAAAGGGGAUAUUAGAGAAGCGAAAGACUGGUCACCAUCCUGCUGAAUUUGAGGAAUUUGGACUAUGCACUGUCUAUGCUCCGUUUUGGGCUAAUCUCCCCCACUCUAACAUCUUCCUGGCCUUUACACCCGACCUCCUACACCAACUCCACAAAGGCAUCUUCAAGGACCAUUUAGUUAAGUGGUGCCUUGAUAUUGUUGGCGAAGAAGAAAUGGACACACGGUUCAAAGUGAUGCCUGAUUAUCCCGGUCUUCGGCAUUUCAAGAAGGGAAUAUCUAUGGUAAAGCAGUGGACGGGGACAGAACACAAAGAGAUGCAGCGUGUAUUUGUUGGGCUACUUGCUGGCGCUGUCUGUUACGACUUGGAUGUAGUUGCACGAGCAAUUCUAGAUUUUUCAUACUAUGCUCAGCUUCGAGUUCACUCAACUGAAUCCCUCAAUGGCCUGGAAAGCGCUCUGGCGAUAUUUCACGCCAACAAGGACGUCCUGCAGCAACUCGAUAUUCGCGAGCAUUUUAAUAUUCCCAAAUUACAUCAGCUCUCUCACUAUGUUCAGUCUAUCCUAUUGUUUGGUGCUACAGACGGCUUUAACAGUGAACUUGCUGAACGAUUGCACAUCGACUUUGCCAAAGAAGCAUAUCGUGCCAGUAACAAGCGUGACUAUGAAGAACAAAUGGCCUUAUGGCUCCAGCGCCAGGAGGCAGUCUUCCUGUGUGGUUCCUACCUCAACUGGCUGUUGGAACAGUCUCAGUCGGCACCAACCAAUUUCACUUGUGACCACGGAUAUGACUCAGACUUGGACUCAGAGAUGGAAGGGCCAGACACUGUCCCUCCCUUAAGUUGUUUCUGCGCAACCACAUGCCACACACUAUCAUUACCCCUGAUAAAGUCUGCUAGCUUAGUCCUCAGACUAGUCAACCCAUACCUUGGUUUCAAACCAUGGUCCAUAUUUCCAGUUUUCCCCAAACCCUCGGUUAUUAAGACAACACCUGAAGUGCUUCCUGGACGUGGACACAAGCCUGGAUCUCCCGCUAAGUUUGAUAUGGCCCUGACAAGCAAUGGCGUUCAGCCACGCACUUUAGAAGGUAUGCGAGUGGGACAGGUUCACAUUAUUUUCACUCUGCCAUGUCAAUUUGGGACCUACUCGCAAGCCUUGGCUUACAUUGAGUGGUUCACACCACUCAGGGAGCCGGACCACUCAUCUGGCCUGCACCAAUUGUCGUGUUCGACUCGUCGGCUGCACCGGAAUGCAGCGGUGAUACACGUCGACGAAAUCGCUCGUCCUUGCCAUCUUAUUCCGAAGAUGGGACAAGCUGUUGACCGUAAAUGGACUAGCGCAAAUGUCUAUGAGUCCGCAAGUGAUUUUUACUUAAAUACCUUUAUUGACCUUGAUACAUUCUGCAUGUCCGCUAUUGAUUAG